GUUUGUGGGGAAGGAGUGGUGAGUGCAUUCAUGAGCAAGGGCGAAAGAUAUUGACGAGGAGCUGGGGAACUACGACUUUCUAAUGUUUGCAGACAUCGACCACAGCCACCCCGAAGUCAGGGCAGACCUGUUUCGCUGGGUUGAGUGGCUUCCACGGCAGGUAAAACUCGGGGGCAUGCGUCUGGACGCCAUCAAGCACUACAGUUUCGAGUUCCUGCGCGACUUUGUAUCGCACGUCGAUGCGGCUGUUGAUCCUGACUGGUUUCUCGUCGGCGAGUACUGGAGAGAAGACUCCGAGUUUCUUGCUGCUUUCAUCGAGUUCAUGAAGCAUCGGAUCUGGCUGUUUGAUGUGCAACUGCUCGGGAACUUUAGCAAACUGUCGUUGCUGGAGGAAAAGGGGGAUUUGAGAAAGGUUUUGGAUGACUCCUUGGUCUUGUGGAAACCGGACAAUGCUGUGACAUUCGUUGUUAACCAUGAUACUCAACCCGGCCAGGCUCUUGAGACACCCGUCCUCCCAUUCUUCCUCCCCCUCGCCUACGCACUCAUCCUCCUGCGCGCCAACACCGGCCUGCCCUGCGUCUUUUACUCGGACCUCUUCGGCUCCAUGGGACCCCAACCCCACCACCACCACCCGCCCAACAACCCCAAUCAUCUUCAUGUUUCCACCCGCCCCCCCUGCGGCGGCCUGAUCAUCCCCAAACUUCUUCUCGCGCGCAAACUCUGGGCAUACGGGUCGCAACACGACUAUUUCGACGGCGACGACAGUGACAAGAACUGUGUCGGGUUCACGCGCCUCGGCCACCCGUCACGCUCCGGCGGCGCCGGGCUCGCCGUCGUCAUGACCAACGCCUGGCAGUAUGCGGUUAAAACAAUGUUUGUCGGGAAGCAGCAUGCGGGUGAGUGCUGGACGGACGUGCUCAAUUGGUGUCCGGGCCAUGUGGUCAUUGGAGAGGAUGGGUUUGCGGUUUUUCCCGUGGGUCCACGCAGUGUGGCUGUUUGGGUGAGCGCUGAGGCGCUGGGGAGGGGGGAGGUUGAUGAGUUUGUUUUCGAUGAUGAUAUAUACGGGUUCAACUCAGGCUGUGAUGGUAAGGAAUAAACGGAGGGGGUAUGGCAUGGAAGCUGCUCCGGCCGUGGCAGGGAU